UGAUUAAUAAGCGGCAGCGUCGCUUUGUCUCUGGCUCUCUUCACGCUGACGCAGGAGUCUCGACAUGUUCUCUGACGACAGAACACACACUCUGUCUGGACCGGGACUGCUGCUGUGACCGUGUACCGCCUUCAGGAUGACCCCCCAUCGCUCUCUGCUGCUGGUACUGUGCGUGUCGCUGUCGUCCGCGGUCAGGAUCCUAACAGGGCCUCCUCUCAGCUGCUCCCAGCAGGGUUUGCGGUGUACAGUCACCAAAAGUAACUGUAUGGACAGUAAAUGGCUGAAUGUUAAUGCGUACACUCCCAGCAGUCCAGAAGACCUGCAGGUGUCUGUGGAUACCAGGCAAGAUGAGACAGGACAGCUGCAGCCUGUGCUCAUUGCUAACUGGAAGAUACAGGAUGACGGCAGUGUUGGGUUUCUGAAAGCCACCGAGAUCCAUGUUCUGGUGCAGUCCACCAACCAGAACAUGUGUGUUCGAUAUUCUUUUAAAGACCAAGUCCCAAUGAGAAGUCCGUCAGGGGAAAAGUGGUCGUUCUCUGCUAACAUGCUGGUAGUGGACCCUGGUGAGAGAUACUGGGUCUCUGUCUUCAACAUCCCCAAACCAGAGUUGAACCACAGCAACUACGACGUCAGCACUUAUGUCAUUGUUCCCGAUUGUCAAGAUGCCACAAUGCAGAGGACCCAGUUCUGCGUGGAGAGAGGAAGUCUGUGGCAGCCUAACAUUAGUCUGGCUCAGGUCACUGCACUCAGUGGAAGAUCUGCACUGACUGUAAGCUUCAGUCCUGACCCACUCUGUGAGGAGUACAUAGUCCUUGUUAGGUGCUCCACUACUCAACUUGUAGACCAUGCAUACAAGGCUAAUCACACGACCCUGAAUGUAACAUUCAGGCUUGAUGAAUGGCCGAGAUCCUGCUGCCUGUUUGAUGCUGAGAUCAAACCUCUUUUCCCACAAUGUGGCCAGGACUGUGUCCGCCGAAGGAGAACUCUGGAUAUUUGUCCUGAAAAGCUAACGGAUGUCCGCGAUGCCCCUAUCGCCACAUUCGUCGUCCUAGGAGUGGUGGUCAUGUGUGUGGCGAUGGCAGUUAUUAUGUAUGUCAUCUGCAGGAAGAAAGGCAAACCUGGUGUUGCUGUAGAACCUGUUGGGGGUGAGAAAACACAGCAGCUUAAGCAACCUCCCAAAGUGCUGGUCAUCUACUCCCAGGAUCACCCCCUCUACAGGGACAUAGUGCUAAAGCUCUGCGCCUUCCUCCAGGCCAAGUGUGGCAUCAAAGUGCUGAUGGACCUGCUGGAUUCCACCUCAGUCGGCAUGGUGGGUCGCCUACGAUGGCUUGAGUGGCAACGGCAACAGCUUAAACAUCCCUGUGACAAAAUCCUGGUUCUGUGCUCACAAGGCGUCCAGGCAAAGUGGAGGGCCAUGUGUGGGCAAGGUCGGGUGACACUGAGGGAAGACGUUCUCUCCCCUACUGAUGACAUGCUCACGCCCUUUCUCAACCUCUUCCUACCAGAUAUGCACCAGGCAGGAAUGCUGGGCAAGUACAUGGUGGCGUACUUCGAUGACAUCAGUAGUGAAAAAGACGUGCCAUCAGUUUUUGACAUUGCAGUCAAAUACAAGUUGAUGAAGCAUUUUGAAGAGCUGUACUUCCGCAUCGCAGAUGUUGAGAAGUAUCAGCCACAUCAGGUCAACCACAUUGAGGGCAUCGGUGGGGAUGAAUAUUUCAACUGUGACUCAGGUAGAGCCCUGAAGAAUGCCAUUGAAACCUUCCAGGCCUACCAGUUGGAAAAUCCUGAUUGGUUUGAGAAAGAGUGUGUGGAUGGUGAGGAGGAGGUCAUGGUGGAGGUCAACAUGCUCAUUGACCAGCUGCAGAUCCCUCCAGUCCUAGAGUGUGUUCCUCUAAUCAGAGAGGGGCUACCUGUCUACAUUCAGGACGUACAAAUCAAUGACAGUGGCCACAGUGUUAAUGUCCUUACACCUGAACUGAACACAGAGCGCGAGCUGUCGUCAGUGGCAGAACUCAUACCACUGGUGAACCCUGAGUGUAAACAUCAGCAUCCUUCAAACCUGGCUGAAGUGUCGGCAGAUCAUGUGUAUCCUCACAGCCCCAGUCCAGAAUGUGUCUACAUAGUUGAGCCUGCUUUGAAAAAGCCGCCACCACCAAGACAGAACUGGCUCUCUCUUCAAGAACCCCUGGGUCAAACUCCCACUGAGGACGAGUAUGAGGAUUCCCUACUACCUGUGAGCCGACUCUCCGCUCAUUCUUACCAGAGAAGCUCAGCCCUACAGAACUCCCUGGAUUUAAACCCUCCAAGUUCCUCAUGUGCCAACAUGCAGACUGAGUAUGUCCCUCCAUCCCAAAUCAGCCAUUGUCAGCCCGUGGAGAUGGGUGAGUAUGAGGUUCUGGAGCCCAGUGGAAAGGGUGAGAGCAGUGGAUCUGAUCAAGGCUAUAACUCUGAAAUGUCCUCCCAGCAAGAACCCCCUUUCAAAGAGGAUCCACUUGAGGCUCUGAGAAGGCUGCAGGAGGAGCUUUUUCAGAAGAAUCUCAUUUAUUGUGACCAAAGCCCUGAAGGAAACUGAUCACAGUCCGAAGUCCACCCCCAGCAAUAAGUACUGAACCUUCCCUGACGUUAACCAGCAUCACCUGCAGUGAGGGUGUGAAUGUAGGAGGGUGAAGAAAUGCAAACCCUCUGUGAGGACAGCCCUCUUGUGAAAUCACGUUAGCUGGACAGAGGCAUGGCCAGUGGAGUGUGGAGCUUAUGUGGUACAUAUCCAAUAUUUGCUGAUGACUUUCUGAAUGUAAUAAUCCAUAUUAAUAACCCAUAUAUAUAUGUUGUUUCGUCAAAAUCAUCAUGAUCCUACCUUCAUAGAACAAAGUGUUGUGAAGUUGUUAUGUUUGGUCAAAAUACUGUUGGAAUGGAACUUGCAUGUGGAUUUGGAGAGAGAGACUUUGGACUUGACUUGAUGGACUCAUUUGCUCUCAGUUCAUGGAGACAGCUUCUAGUAAUAGGAUCUGCACAAAUGAACUUUUGCUGUUGGUUCACACUCAAACAGGAUAUCGCAAUGCUGGAUUACAGACCAGGAAGCAGCAACUGCUCGGGGGCUCCAGAUCCUCAGCGGGCCCAAAAGGUUGCAAUGAAGUUCAUGUAUAUUGUAUUUACAUACUGAAUACCUUUCUUCUUAAUCAAGUAAUGAUAAACUAAUACAUACGCAAUACACAGGGAAUCAGAGAAACAGAGGAGUUGUCAUUUUUAUCUCAGGACCACGGGCUUAUCUGGUUUUGGGCAGUUGUAGCUUAGUAUGUAAAAAAAUGAAGUUGCCAACCAACCUGUAUGAUUGUUGAACAUUGUUCCAUGAUAUUAAAUCUAAAAAGAAGUCCAUGUUCUUUGGUUCUGAGGGACUGAUAAAAUAUGAAUCUUUACCGUUGAGGUUUUACAUUGCUUUUAAAUGGAAUUGCAGGAAAUAUUUUGAGAUGAUGUGUUGUCUUCUACAGGACACCCAGGAAUGAGGGUGAAUUGCAAAUCACGUUCUUAUCAGUGUGUUUGUUUAAAGAUAAACAAUGAAGGUCAUUGUAAAUAAUGGAUCUUACAGCUCAUGUCUUUGUUUCAGGAGCAGCAUUUUCCUCUGAACGCAUAAUAAAGAAUCACUUUGUACAGUA